AGUCUCCGCUCGAGACCUGCCGCGGUUAUAAUCAGAGGUCAAUCACAAACUCAAACCAGAGACCGACAUGGUUGGCUAGAUUUCGAUCGUCGAUAGAGUCUGUCUGUCGGCACCCCUUAGCAAUGGCCCGUGAUCCCCGGGGCAGGGAGGGAGCAGUCUUUUCCGGACAAGGGCCCGUUUCCCCUAGUGAUACUAGGGGAUAAAUCUUUGAAGAAGGAACUCAAACCCUGUAGUCUCACCGCUUCUGACUCUCAACACUUCAGGAUGAUCCAGGUCUGAGUGAUGGGACGUGACAGGGAGCGAGAGAGGGACCGAGGGGAACGAGAUCGCUUCCACCGCCACAGAUCACAUUCCCGGGAGAGGGAGCCGGUGCGCCGCGACAGAGACCGGGACAGAGAGCGAGACAGACGGGAGAGAAGGAGCCGCUCAAGGAGUCGUUCCAGAUCAAGGUCGCCACGCUCACACCGCAAAUCAUCCCCUGUCUACCUGGCGGGGCCCUCGGGAAAGCAUGAAGAGGCUCCUGUCCAGGCCCUGACAGAUGAGGAGAAACAAAUGAAAGAGCUCCUGGGCUUCUCUUCUUUCCACACAACUAAAGGGAAGAAGGUGGAUGGGAACAACAUGGGCGCUGUUCAUGUGAUAAUGAAGCGAAAGUACCGCCAGUACAUGAACCGAAAGGGUGGCUUUAACCGUCCCCUCGACUUUGUGGCCUGAAUGGUGCAAGGAGUGGCAGCAGUGGUGGUGGUGGCUGGGGUGAAGAGCAGUGUGUUGGACCAGAUGCCGACAGACAUGCUACAUGCUUUCUUGGAGGACCUGGUGAUUGUCAUGUACUGAAGUUUGUGUUGUGUGUUGUGGUGUUUGACAAAUUUCAAAUAGAUGGAAGACUAAACAGUGGAUGGUGACUAUUUUGGAAUGUGGUUAUCAUGAAAAGCUUAGCUGGAUGUGUUUAAAAGUGACAUGAAAAAUAAUAAGUUUUUCAUACUAUACAAAGAUUACAUGUGGAUCAUAAUUUUAGUGUAACAAUGUUAUGUCAUUAAGAUUUGUCAUUUUAAAGCAUUUAAUUAUGCUUUACAUGGAAUAUUUUAUUUUGGCAGAGUACAGAAUAAAUCCUGCAGUGUGAUCUGAGAUAUUUAUUUUUGGUCACUUUAGUAUUAGACUUAGUAAGCUAUAUGAUUAUAUCAACUAGAGUUAAGCAAAAUAUAGAUUAAAUUUCUAAAGACUAA